CUAAAGGAUCAGGGAAUACUUGCAAAAGAUGUUGGAUUUAACGCAUUAACUAUACCAUCGGAUAGGUUUAUAUGUGCUCGUCAGCAAACGGAACCUAAUCAAUCGCAGUUCAUUGUCCUUGAUUUAGCUUCACCAAUGCAAAAAAUUCCAUUAAUUUGUCCUACAUUGACUGAGUCCGCUAUUAUGAAUCCGGUGAUUAAAGUCAUUGCAAUUAAAGAGGGUCAAAAGCUUCAAACAUUUGAUUUAGAAAUGAAAAUUUGUUUGAAAACGAUUUUCCUCCAGGAAUAUACGACAUUCUGGAAGUGGAUUUCUGUUAAUGUUAUAGCCUUAGUCACUCAAACAAAAGUAUAUCACUGGUCUAUGGAAGGGAAUACCCAACUGAAUGAAAUCCAUGCUAGGCAUCAAGCCUUAAACGGUUACCAAAUCAUUAAUUAUCACGUCGAUCAUACUAAAAAGUGGUCAUUAUUGAUUGGUAUUAGAGUGCAAAAUCAUCGAGUUCUUGGUGUUCUACAACUUUACAAUACCGAAACGAAAAUAAGUCAAUUAAUUGAAGGACAUGUAGCAGCUUUUGCUUCCGUAAAACUGGGGGAUAAUUAUGAACCUUCGAAUCUAUUAAUCAUUGGUACUCGUCGUCUCAAAGGUGGAACGCUACGCAUUUUGGAGAUUGGAGAUCCACCUCUUAACAAUGAACCAUUCCAGGAACAGACAUUGGAACUACUUUUUCCUUCAGAAAUUCAAAAUGACUUUCCCGUCUGUCUUCAGAUAAACGAAAAACAUGGUCUAAUAUAUCUAAUUACUAAAUAUAGUUAUCUCCAUGUGUGCACUAUUGAAUCUAUGCAGUGUAUUUAUAUGGGUAAGUUAAGCAACGCAAAUACCUUUGCUGCAACGUUAGAUACAUCAUCUCAUGGCAUUUUAAGUGUCGACGAUAAUGGGCAGGUUUUUUCUACCAGCAUGAAUACAGAAAAUAUCGUGCCCUACAUUAUCAAUACCCUCCAAAAUAAGGCCCUGGCCAGAAAGGUGGCACUCCGUUGCAAUUUAAGUGGUGCUGAAGAUCUUUUUAUCGAGGAAUUUAAUCAACUAUUUGACAGUGGUGAAUAUGUAGCAGCUGCAAAGAUUGCAGUCUCAGCGCCAAAGGGCGUCUUAAGAACAUCACAAACUAUUCAAAGAUUUCAACAGCAUAUUCCAAGAACAACUACCGCUUUAGCGAUAUAUUUUGAUGUCUUAUUAAGGCAAGGCAAGCUGAAUCGUUAUGAAUCACUUGAAUUAUCCAAGCGAUUGAUUCAUACUGGCAAGAAUCAGGCUUUAGAACAUUGGCUGAAACAAGCAAAGCUUGAAAAUAGCGAAGAAUUGGGAGAUUUACUUAGGUCAUCGAAUCCCGUUACUGCAUCUUCCAUUUAUCUUGCUAUUCAAAAACCUAAAAAAGUAAUUAUUAAUGCCUUGUUUCGGCUUAUAAUUGCAAUAAUUAGAAAGUAA